UGCCGAAGCGAGGCCGCGGCCGGCCGCGCAAAGUGGGCACGUUCGCCUGUCAGCUGUGCCCCGGACGGCUGGCCACGCAGGCUGCCUUCUUCCAACACUUGCGCGAACACUACGACCAGCCGCGCGGUGACGAGGCGUCGACGGAGGCGGAGGGCCUGUCGGCCGCCGACGGCCGGGCGGUCACCGAGGAGGCCGCCGGCUACGACGGCGCCACCGAGCUCAACGUCGACAUCAUCGCCAGCAAAACGCCGCAGAUUGCGUGCGACCGGUGCGAACGUUACUUCUUCUCGGAGGUAGAGCUCGAGCGGCACGGCAAGGUGCACCUGCGCAAUGCGACGGCAGCCCGAAGCAAGGCGGACGCGGAGUGCGGGACCCCCGCGAAAGAGUGUCCGGAGCCGGCCACCGUCUCGAGGGUUGUGAAAAGCGAGAUAGGACUUGUGGCGGGCGUCCAACUGGUGGAGCGAUGCUGACGGAACGGCGGAGCACGUGCGGCCGGCAGACGGUGGCGACACGAGUCCCGGCAAGUAUAACAUGAAGAACCUGAAGAACUGCACGCAAUGCGUCAAGAUCUUCACCACGGUGUCGGCGCGAGCGAACCACGUGCAGCGUGUGCACGGCGGCGGCGGUGAGCCCAUCUCGCAGACGAAGCGCGAGAAGGUCGAGUACGAGUGCAACGAGUGUCACGUCACGUACACCUCGCAGAAGAUCUACGAGCGCCACCUGCUGCUGCACGAGAACCAGCGCGCGGGCCGGCGGCCGUACCGGUGCGACACGUGCAGCGCCUCGUUCAUCACCACCAUGCAGGUGAAGCACCACGCGCAGCGCGAGCACCCGGAGCUGUGUGCGAGCGGGGCACGGCGCGCCUCGAGCCGCCGCACCGGCCGCCCGGUCGGCUCGUCCGACAAACAGCGACAGGCGGUGUACGACCAGAUCCGCGAGGGUGCCGGCGGCACGUUCUCGUGCUCCGUGUGCGGCAAGGAGGGCAAGACCAAGAACCACGUGUUUUAUCACAUCAGUAUCAAGCAUAAGGCGCUGGAGGGCUACAAGUGCCAGGCGUGCGGCAAGUCGUUCUUCACGGAGGCGGCGCUGCGCGUGCACGACCGCACGCACACGGGCGAGCGGCCGUUCGGGUGCGAGUACUGCCUGCGCCGGUUCCGGCAGCAGGCAGACCUCACCUCCCACGUCAUGUCCAUCCACACCCGGCAGCGGCCGUUCCGGUGUCGGUUCUGCACCAAGUCUUUCUCUCGCAAGUAUUCCAUGACCGUUCACAUGCGCUGCCACACGAACGAGCGCAACUACAAGUGUCCCGUGUGUAAAAAGGGCUUCCGGGCUUCCACAUACCUCACCGGCCAUAUGAAGAUUCAUACAGGCGAGCGGUCGCAUUCGUGCCCCAUCUGCCACAAGACGUUCCGCAUGCGUUCGGACAUGAAGCGGCACAUUUUCACGCACUCGCGCGACCGGCCGCACCAGCGCUCGCUGCGUGCGCUCACCGUGUCGGCCGGGGGCGAGGGCGAGGUCAUGCUGCUCAACAGCGCCGACCUGAGCAACCUGCAGUUCGUCACCGACGAGGACGGCAAGGCGAUGGUGAUCGGCGACGGCGACCAGAUGGUGCUGGACGAGUCGCAGACCGUCAUCGACGAGCAGACCGGGCAAAUCAUGGUGCCGGAGAGUGCGAUCGUCGAGUACGACGAGAGCGCCAUGGCGUCCAUGUACCUGAUGGCAGACACGGACGCGGAGCCGCUGGCCCUGGCCUGACCUGGCCCGGGGCGCGGCCGCCCCAGGGCAUGACCGGCGCCGCCAUCCGCGGCCGCGCUCGGCUCUCCUCGCCGGGCUGCAGUGGCUCCAACGCAAUAUAUGCAUGUAUUUAUUGUGUGAAGCCGUGCCUCAUUGCUGCGCCUGCGCGGCUCCGAUGAGAUCAUGUGAUGGUGCGCUCGAAAUAGUCGUCUUCGAGCUGGCUUUAAUACAGGUUCAUGAGGCUU